CUGCCUCUGACCCAAGACUCAGGAUUUGGCAGCUUUGAAGCUGGUUGCAACAACCAGAGACGGCAGUGGAUUCUACGCUCGCCGGCGUGUGUGUGUGUGUGUGUGUGUGCGCGUCUCUUUUUGUUUGGGCUCUCGCAAUAAGACAAGUUGAAUCCCUUCCCCCUCCAGCCCACACAGAGUAGAGAUUCACCUCUUCUCCCGCGCUAAGUGACGAUACGACCUUGCUCGGAGGCGAGUGAGCUGGAGGUAUUGAUGGGUCUCUCUGCACAAUCUGAGCCGGGUCGCAGUGUGACGCCACGGUGAGACCGACCAUGAAACUUCUGUGGAACUGCCUCUUGGUCCAGCUGCUCACGGUGGAAGGGCUUGGACUCCGGACUAGGACGGUCAGCGGGAACCCCAGGCUGAAGAUCUCCUACAACGAUUUGGUUUCCCGAGGCGUUGUCACCUACCAGUUGAAUUAUUCGUGCUGUUACAACACUCUGCUGCUGGAUGAGGAGAGAGGGCAGCUGUUUGUGGGCGCAAAGAAUUACCUCAUUGCUCUCAGCCUGAACAACAUCAGCAAACACGAGAAGAAGAUUUACUGGCCAGCUCCUGUGGAGUGGAGAGAGGAAUGCAACUGGGCAGGAAAAGAUUUACACGCAGACUGUGCCAACUUCAUCAAAGUGCUGCAUCAGUUCAACAGGACCCACCUGUACACCUGUGGUACCGGAGCCUUCCACCCCGUCUGUGCCUACGUGGAGGUCGGGAACAAGUUUGAUGAGCAUCAGUUCAGGAUUGACUUCAAUCAAAUUGAAGAUGGAAAAGGGAGGAGCCCUUACGACGCCAAGCACUUGUCCACCUCCAUUUUGAUAGGUGAGGAGCUGUACUCCGGCGUCGCCACCGACCUGAUGGGCCGUGACUUCACCAUCUUUCGCAGCCUCGGCCGUCGGCACUCCAUUCGGACGGAGCAACAUGACUCACGAUGGCUGAACGACCCCAAGUUUGUUGGAUCUUUCUGGAUUCCCGAGAGCGACAACCCAGAUGACGACAAAAUCUAUUUCUUCUUCCGAGAGAUGGCGGUGGAAGGACAGAACCUCGGGAAGUCUACCUUCUCGCGAGUGGGCCAGCUGUGUCGGAAUGACCAUGGAGGCUUGAGAAGCCUGGUGAACAAGUGGACAACAUUUCUGAAGGCCCGGUUAAUCUGCUCGGUCCCAGGCAAUGAAGGGAUUGACACUCAUUUCGAUGAGCUCAGGGAUGUGUUCUUUCUGCAAACAAGAGAUCGCAGGAACCCUCUAGUCUACACCGUCUUCAGUACCUCAAGCAAUGUAUUCAAAGGCUCAGCUGUGUGUGUGUACAGCAUGAAUGACAUCCGCAGAGCUUUCCUGGGGCCCUUUGCACACAAGGAGGGGCCAAACUAUCAGUGGGUCCCGUACCAGGGCAAAGUGCCCUACCCCCGACCAGGAAUGUGUCCAAGCAAAACCUUCGGAGGCUUUCAGUCCACCAAGGAAUUCCCUGACGAUGUUGUGUUGUUUGCUCGUAACCAUCCUCUGAUGUACAAUCCCAUUAACCCCAUCAACCACCGGCCAGUCCUGGUCAAGACCAACGUUGACUACAGUUUCACUCAGAUCGUGGUGGACAGAGUGGAUGCAGGAGAUGGUCGCUAUGACGUCAUGUUUAUUGGGACAGACAUUGGGACGGUGUUGAAAGUGAUCUCAGUGCCGAAGGAGAGCUGGCAGAACAUGGAAGAACUAGUCCUCGAAGAACUGCAAGUCUUCAAGGACUCUGCACCUAUCACUAGCAUGAAACUUUCAUCAAAAAGGCAACAGCUGUACAUUGGCUCCGACUCUGCAAUAUCCCAGCUGCCUCUACAGCGUUGCAGCAUCUACGGAAAGGCUUGUGCUGAAUGCUGCCUGGCCCGCGAUCCCUACUGUGCCUGGGACGGAAACACCUGUACCAGAUACCUGUCAAACACCAAGAGGAGGUUCCGGCGCCAAGAUGUGAGGAACGGAGAUCCCAACACGUUGUGUUCAGGAGAUCGCCAUCGGCACAGGGUGAUGGAAAAGAAGUUGUAUGGAGUGGAAGGCAGCAGCUCCUUCCUGGAGUGCAUCCCCAAAUCCCUGCAAGCCCAGGUCACCUGGACCUUCCAGAAGCGUCCCGGCGGUCCCAAGGAUGAGGUCCAACUGGAUGAGCACAUCAUCCAGACCGAGAGAGGCUUGUUACUUCGUAACAUUCACCGCAAGAAUGCCGGCACGUUCUUCUGUCACUCCAUGGAGCAUGACUUCACUCAGACCCUCAUGCAGAUCUCGCUGGAGGUGAUCGGGCUGGAGCAGGCCGACGAGCUCCUCAGCAGGGACCUGGCAACGGCUCACGGCCCGCAGGCCACCUUCCCCAACCAGAAGGUGUGGUACCGGGACUUCCUGCAGCUGGUUGACCACCCCAGCCUGAAGACGGUGGACGAGAUCUGCCAGCAGGCGUGGAGGCGGAGGGUCAAGCAGCCCAAGCACAAGCGGAACUCGGUCCGCGCCUUGCAAACCAAGUGGAAGCACCUGCAGGAGGUGAGGAAGGGCAGGAACCGGCGCACCCACGAGUCGGCUCCGCGCGCCGAGAGGGCUCCCCGCAGUGCCGUCGUGCAGUGAUCCUGAAGAAGGCGACUGCAGAAACAUUCCUGGGAAUGAUGGCAAGGACUAAAGUGAUGCCUAGUAGCUGCGUUUGGCCCCAACCUUCUCUGCACAAGGUUUACAUGGACCUCCUGAGUGAAAGGACACUUCUCUCACUAUUGAAACCACUAUGACACUAACACCCAUCACUUUAUGUUCUAGUGUGUAGGAAUUACUUCUUAUAUUCAAGGCUAUGGAUAGCAAUAAUAAGUACUAGGGCUUAUUAGGAUUGUCAGCAGCCUCCUAGGUCUUUGGAGGCUUCUUCUGUCCCUUUGGACUUUGUGAUAAAUCCAUCUCGUCCUUGGGAGAAGUCUCUCCCUCUUUCCUCUCAACCAUCAAAAUGACCAUCGCCUGAGAGGCUAAAGACGAACCACAUUGGGGAAUAUGGUUUUUUAUUGGCUGGGCAAGUUUUUAACCCUUUGCAGCUCACGUAAUCCGAAUUCUGCCAACGUUCCCAAGUGUUGCAAAUGGACAUGUGCAAAACAACAAUUGAAACCCAAAUGAUCUGUGGUAAACAUUGGCGUCUAGUCAUUGGGUUUCUUGGUGUUGUUGUCUUGCAGUCAAGCCAAAUGAGUUACACUCCAAACGGUAGAGAGAAUUGGCAACAUUUUUGUUUUGCUUUGAAAUUAUGGGGGCUGUAAAGGGUUAGAAUAUUUAGAGAGUUCCUGAAAGAAGGUGACCCUCGACUGAAUGUUUCUCUUUUCUUUUGGUUUGACCCUAUUGUCAGGUGUUGGUGCCUUUGGGACUUGCUGCUACUUGAUGCCUGUCUCUUGUUAAUACUAGCAACCCGACCAGUACAAUAGCAGAGUUCGUUCAAUCAUACACACUCCCCAUGAUCUGGACUUCAGAGGUAGCCAAAUCUCACUCCAAUCUAUCUCUGAUGAAUGUAGAACAUAGUAACUGUAAAGAGAUCUCACCACACGCACAAAAAAUAUACAAAUGCAAGAAAAAAGACUUGACAGAAAGUGCCUUGAAAAGUUGUCAAGCCCACCGUGAGGACUGAUAAGAGACUGAUCAUUUAUGAAUCUGCUUAUUGGUAAACGGAAUACGCUGCUGGUGAUUUUGUGAAGAUAGAAAACUUUGGGUAGAGUUAAUCAGUUAUUGCUAUGUUUCUCCUCUCUCCUUUAGGAAUCAGUGUCAGGCUCAGGUUGAUUGAUGGGAGGAAGUAUAUUUGGGCAGGUAAUUAGCACAGAGCGCAAGGUCAGAGGACAAGCUAAUUGUAAACAAGAUACACUUGAUGCUGUAAUAAAAAUACAAAAUGCUGACUCAGCAGGUCAGGCAGCAUCUGUGCAGAGAGAAUCAGUGUUAACGUUUCAGGUUGAUGACUUUUCAUCAGCAUGGUUCUGAUGAAGCCGUAACUCUGAUUCCAUCUCCACAGAUGCUGCCUGACCCACUGAACACUUGCAGCAUUUUCUGUUUCUGUGACAUGUUCAUUUUGGUGAGCAAGGUCAAAAAAGCUUACCAUUUUCACAACAAAAUUUGAGCCCAUGUUGAGUCAACGCCUUUAGGAUUUUCAGUUGGGUAAUAUGAUGAAUGUCAACGCUAUGUGACCAGUACCAUAUUAUUUGUGAGGUACAGAUUCUGUUACAUGCUAAGGUACUAAACUGUCACUGUUUUUUAAUUUCCAAUAAAUUGUUUUGAUCACUAAAAUAUAGGUUCAAAGCAAGUUAUCUGUGCACUGUGAUUAGCCGACCAUAGGACUAACUCGUAUGUUGGUUUUUCUGCUAACAAUUAUCUGAAGGAAGAGAUCUUCUGCUCAGAAGGAUGAUCUAAGGCUAGGAAUGGCCAGUUGAUAGGCUCUCAGUCUCUGAUUCAAAAUCUAGGUCAGGUGUGGGCUAGGUGUGAAUGAUAGUAGGGGUAUGUAGUGUGGGGGGGGGCGCGGGGGGGGUUGGAUUAAUAGGUCCUAACCAAGGUGAAUGAGACGAGGUUCAGACAGAAGGUGCGUCGUUCUCUAUGAGCUGAGCUGAGUGGGUGAAAUCUCCCUUGUGGAAUACAGGAAUAGUCUUCAAUUCAUAACAGCAGCACAAAUCACAAAUUUGAUUCUAAACCUGGUUAGAAUCAAGAAUAUGUGCAGAAAAAACUAACGGCGGCAAAUGGUUGCCCGAGAUGGGGAAGUGUGAUCAGGCAAAGAAACAUCGACAUUUACGGAUCUUUACCAGAAAUCCUCUCCCUUUCUUUUCUGGUUUCUUUAUCUUGUUCUGCGGUGUGGAUGUGCCCCUCAUUGCCUGUGUUUGUUUUUUCUUUGUUUGUCUCUCUGUUUCCAUCUCCAGAGCAGAAUAGGGAAUGUGGAGCCGGGAAGUGAAUCAGGGUGAGAAAGUUAGUUCAGCUCUGGACUUCAUAACGAAUGGUUCUGCUUCUCUCUCUCUCUCUGCCUGCCUCUCUCUGACUAUCUUUCAACGCCACGUUUCUUCUGUGUUCAUCAACUCUCUCUGCACUUUUGUUUAAAUGAAUCUAACAUAGAUUAAAAUUUGACAGAGGGAGGAACUUGCUGGGCUGGUAAAUUAGUAUGGGCUUCAGCAUUUUUUGUUUUUGUGACAUGUUCAUUGUCAUGAGCAAGGUCAACCCAAUACCAAAAAUGUCAGCCUGGAUUAUCUUGUGAUACAGGGCUGGAGCUUGGAUCCAAGUUGUAUGUGGCUGAGAAAUAGGUUAUCCCAAAAAUCAAUGCCCUCAUGAAAUUAAAGGCAGAGAUUAUUUCAUCAUAAGUUAUAUUUAAUAGUAGAUUUAAUAUAGUGUCAGUGUUGAAAGAGCCUCUAAGAUGUAUUUAAAGCAUCAGAGCCCCAUUUUACAGCAUUACUUACAGUGAAAUCAUGGUGCAAUGGUUGUUACUAAAUUAGUAUCCAGGACUAUUGAUCCAGGGUCAUGUGUUCAAAUCCCAUUGCAGCAGCUGGGAAAAUUAAUUCCCAAUAAUUACAAUUGUCUGGAAUAUCAGUAAUGGUAAGUGUGAUUCACUGAUACUCCUCAGGGUAGGGAAUGUCCACCCUUACUGGGUCUGGGCUAUUUGAGGUGGCUGACCUAAGCAAUGUGGUUGUCUAUUCCCAGCUCUCGGAAGUGGGAUGGAGGGAUGGAUGUUAAAUCAAUUGAAUGAAUUAAAAAAAAGGAAGGUGCAUGGAUAAACUAGAGGUUGGUGCUGGAGAGCUGAUAAAGGACAGGAUGGGGGAAGGGGAAGAGUGUGGAAGAAGAGUUGGAGGGCUUGGGGAUGAGUGAGAAACCAGGGGACUUGGUGAGCGACACAUGGAAGAGUUUUGGGCAACGUGGAACUUGGGAAGCCAGUGAUGAGGAUUGUCAGGCAAGAGAAAGCUGGGGGUAACAGAACCAUGGGUGAGGAGGACUGUUGGUAGGGUGUGGCGAUGGCUGGGGGUUUGAGGAGACAAGAAUGCGGGUGGGAGGGAUGUUGUGGAGAUGGGUGAAAUCAGUCUAGCUCGUGGACAGGAGGUGGUGCAAAGUGGUGAAGCGCUAAACUGGGUGUUAUUUAUCGUCAUACAAUAAGAAAACAGGACCAUUCGGUCCACAUCGACCAGGAGUAUGAAUUUACACUGAUCCUAUUUUUUUUUACUUUCCCCACAUUCCCAACAACGUUCCCCAGAUUCCACCCCUCGCCAACACACUAGGGGUAGUUUACAGCAGCCAGUUCACCUGCCCAUCCGCACGCCUUCGAGAUGUGGGGGGAAACCAGAGCACCCAGAGGAAGCCCACGUGGUCACAGAGACUGUGGACAAGCGCCACACAGGCGGCACUGGAGGUCAGGAUUGAACCUGGGUCACUGGAGCUGUGAGACAGCGGCUCUUCCUGCUGUACCUCAGACUAGGAGGAGGGUAAUUGGCAGGAGAUGGGUAAUAUCACAUCAGUGCGAUUGCAUCCAUUUGGAUGAGUGAAGGGUGAACCUUUGGCUCCCACGGCAAUAUUAAGCCUCAUUUGAAAGAGGUGACCUCUCACCUCUGUCUAAGGGCAGGUGAGAGUGCUAGACUCUCAGACACAGUGCCAUACAUCAACCUUCCUGGCUCCUCUAUGAUGUCAGAUCUUGUGCUUGAAGCAACACUAUCACAGCUCAGAAGGCUGUACUCAUCUGGCUAGUCAGGUCUCAGUCAGGACAAAUUCAUAAACUCAGACACUGUGCAAUAAAAGUGGCAUUGGUUCUUAAAAGUAGUUAAACAUUACAAAGUCCAAGACAAAAAAAAACAUUUCAUAGAACACAGAACAUUACAGCACAGUACAGGCCCUUCGGCCCACAAUGUUGUGCUGACAUUUUAUCCUGCUCUAACAUCCACCUAACCCUUCCCUCCCACAUAGCCCUCCAUUUCUCUAUCAUUCACAUGGCUAAGAGUCUCUUAAAUGUCCCUAAUGUAUCUGCCCCCACAACCUCUGCCGGCAGUGCGUUCCACGCACCCACCACUCUCUGUGUAAAAAACUUACCUCUGACAUCCCCCUUAUAUCUUCCUCCAAUCACCUUAAAAUUAUGCCCCCUUGUGUUAGCCAUUUCAACCAAACACAUUCACUGAAUGGGUCAUUCUAAACCACGAAGUUACCAGCAACACCCUCAUUAUUGAGUAUAAACACAAGAAAGUGAUGAUCUAGAAGUUGCUACCUGGUCCAUGAAUUCCUGUGUGAUUCAUCAAAGCCUCACCCCCUAAUAGGGAGAUGCAAACUAAAUUCUAAUUUUAGGUUUUGGGUGUUGAAUUAAUCUGCUCCCUAGAUUGAAGGUGAUAUUACCAGUGUGGCAUUCACAGGCUUGGAUAAGACAUGAUCAGUGAGGACUUUAAUUGGCUUGGAUAAGCAGUGACAGUAUCAGAGCGAUGGGUCUGGAUAAUCAAUCCAAGCUGCUCCAAUGCCAAACUUUCCCUCUGAUUUAUACAAUUUAGAAUCCCAGCUCCCAAAUUGUUGGGAUCCCUGUCACAGCUGGGAAGAAGGACAAGCCCUCUUUUGAGGGAAUGAAAUGAAUCAACAACUGACUUCCAAGGUCAAGAAUCCUCUGGGAAGUCAGGCACCCCAACAUAUAACCGUGAACUGCCCCUGUGUAACACACACGACCUUAACUAGUGGCCCUUCCUGACCUAAACCAAAAUAAUUUGCCAAUAUUUAUGCAGUUCCAACCCUUCAUUAUUUAAACUAUUCUGAUCAAAUUCCAGAAUCCCACAGCAAAGGGACCCAGGAUUUAUCAGGCCACCUGGUGGUGUGUCCUUGCGAUUUUCCCCCAAACCCAUCUCAAGGUCUCUGUAUCAUCAGUCAAUUAAGAGGACAGAUUCCAUGUGAAGUCCCAUCAGAGUCUCACACAAGAUUUGAUUUGUCUUGGACUGAAUGGCUCUGCCAUUGCAACUUAGCAGCCUAAUUAAAAAGCAAAAACAACUGCAGAUGCUGGAAUUUAAAAAAAGACAAAACGAUGGAAACACUCAGCAAGGCAGAAAACAUCUGUGGAGAGAGAGAGAGAGCUAACAUUUUAGGUCGAGGACUCUUCGGAACUGGGAACAAUGAGAGAACAAGGGUGUUUUGAAUUGCAGAGAAAGGGAGGGGUGGAGGGAACAAAGUGGAUGACUGUCAUAGACCAUGACAGGGUGGAGAUCAAGAGAGGCGGAAUGGUGCAAGAGAUGAGGGGCUAGCUAAGAGAGCGUGUGAAGGGUUAUUAAUCAUUCCUGAUGGUCCAACGAAGGUGUGCAUAGAGGGAGGGAGAUAAAAAUAGAGAAAGGGAGAAACAAAACACUGCCGAUGUUGGAAAUCUGGAAUAAAAGUAGAGAAUGCUGGAGAAACUCAGCAAGUCAGGCAGCAUCUGUGGAGAAACACAGUGGACAGUUCAGGUUAAAGAAUGUUUCAGUUCUGAAACAGUUAUCUCACAGUUACCUCAACAAUUAUUUUUUCUCUCUAUCCUUGGGUUUUCAUUCUUCUCUCUCUGUUUACAUCUCCCCAGACAGAUAAACUGCGACGAACAAACUUUCAUCACCUUCUCUCAGCUGGUGUCACUAUAUCACAGACAUCCCUCUCUUCCCUCCGCACCUCACCCUUCUCAGUAAUUUAAAACGUUCAAUUUUUAACUUUUUGCAGUUCUGAUGAAAGAUCAACCCAAAAUGUUGCCUCUCCACAGAAGCUAGCUGAACUGCUGAGGAUUUCCAGCAUUUCCUUGUUUUAUCUAACCUUAUCUUUCCUGUUUGUUUUGGCACAACUUUCCAGUGCUGCUUGUGAAUUUUAAAAUUUCACCUCCGUCGGGCUGUUGGGACUUGGUAGGAGUUGGGGCCCUGACUUGGGUUGUGGAGGUUGUAGUUCAUCAAAGUUAGGAACCAUGGAUCCAUUCCACUGACACAACAGAUUCAUCUGCCACAGUUUAUUCUCAACCAACAUCCCCUAACACACAGACUUUCAGCUAAUAAUACAUCAAUCUAAUGGUGGUAUUAACAGAUGACAAUAAAAUACUAACAAAUUUCCAAAUUCUGUCAAAACUUUUCAUCUCAAACCAAAGAUUGUUAACUGUCAGGCUCUGAAGCAGUUCCAUGGGCUUCACUACACAGUGACUUACGGAAUACAUCUAUGUUUUUGGUACAAUGUGGACAAUGACAUGGUUUCUAAUUAUUUCGUAUUAAUGUCUAAAGUUUCCGUUAAUAAAGUUUUAUUGUA